UGUAAUUUUUCCCUAGGAAUGGAAACGUGAAAAGUGAAAACUUUUAUGUGAAUUCGACAAUUCUAUUCGUCGAAUUCACAUAAAUUUUUACUUUUCACAUUUCCGCUCCUAAGAAAAAAUUACAUAAUCAAAUCCCUGGAAGUUUUAAUCAAUGGUAUCCAGUAAGAAGUGUUAUUUUCUAGGGGCAAAUAAUUUUAUACAAGAAAGUUCUGAACACGUGUUGAAUAGAACAAGAAUUGUAUAUACGUAGUUCUUCUAGCAAUGCAUUCGAAGGACUGCGCUCAGUUGACGCGCGAUUGUCUUUGAGAGUGGUUAUGUUCGGAAUCGCACUAUGCAUUUUUUUAGCUGUCACCGCGUCGCCGUGCGCGGCAGAGGAGAAUGGUUCAAGAAAGAUACCUUUCACAAGAGAGAAAUAUUAUCAUACACCCGGCUCGUUGACAAACGAACAAAUCGCUACGCUUUCCGGCCUUACGAACAUUACUCACAUGAACGAAGUCUUAGACAACAUAUGCGUGGUGAGGAUCGUUGGAACUCCUGAGCACGCAAGAGUGAGAGAGUAUAUCAAGACUUCAAUAAAAGAUCUGGGUUGGACGAUAGAAUCAGAUGUAUUCCAUGCUAAUACGCCUAUAUUUGGUUCAUUAGAGUUUGAAAACAUAAUAGCAAAAUUGAAUCCUAAUGCAAAGAGAUAUUUAGCCUUAGCUUGCCAUUUUGAUUCAAAGUAUACGAGAGAGAGGAAUUUUGUUGGAGCCACAGACAGUGCUGUACCAUGCACUCAACUGAUUAAUCUAGCUACUGUUAUGAAUAGAUACUUACCUAAACAAGGAGAUGUCAGUUUAAUGCUCAUUUUCUUUGAUGGAGAAGAAGCAUUUGAAGAAUGGGGUCCAAAUGAUUCUAUUUAUGGUGCCAAGCAUUUAGCCAAUAAAUGGCAUAAUAAUAAGACUGCUCAUGGCAUUGGAAAUUAUAUUUCUGAAUUGGAUAGAAUAGAUAUGUUGGUCCUUCUUGAUUUACUAGGUGCACCCGAUCCAAAUUUCUACAAUUAUUUUAGGAAUACAGAGAAAUGGUACUCUUUAUUAGUUAGCAUUGAAAAGAAAUUAGCUCAGAUGAGAAAAUUGGAAUCGUAUUCACUUGGUAAGCCAGAACAAAGGUAUUUCCAACCGUAUUCAUUCGAAUCUCAUAUCGAAGACGAUCACAUUCCGUUUUUAAGAAAAGAUGUGCCAAUCUUACAUAUAAUACCAAGUCCUUUUCCACCCUUUUGGCAUGAACCAGGCGACAAUCGACACAAUAUCGAUUUAACAACUACAGAAAAUAUUAACAAGAUUCUCAGGAUAUUUGUAUCUUUUUAUUUACAAUUAUCGACUAUUUAACAAAAAAAAUUAUCAUAAAGCGGAUCAAUUGAAAUAAAUGUUGAAAAAUGACCGAAUGAACAGAAAUCUCUAAUGAUAUGUAUAUAUACUAUGCAUAUAUGUCUAUAACAUUAUAAAACAUAAUAUAUAUAUAUCUAUUGAAGUUAUAAAAUAUGUUUUUAAUUUUAAAUAGCUGAAAUGUUUGAAAAAUAUUUUUCGUAAAACUAUCCACAUACCUUUUGUCAAUUUUACAUUGCGUCAGUUUUGCUAUAUAAAUUUUUCUUAUUGAAAAAUAUAUAUUUGUAUAACUGUAUUAUAUGUACACGUUAAUUUAUUAUAAAAAUGCGGCUGUAUAGUACUAUAAAUAAGGCAAAUUGUAUAUUUG